ACGUUCUGUACAUAAUGGUAUCGAGAUCCAUGACAGCUUCGCGAACUUGAUCAAUGAACAGCUUCGGAGCGCUGAGACACCAACGUCAACAUCGGCGUUUUACUUUCAAUUACCAUUUCUAGCCUGCUGUCCGGGUACUCUUCCGCCAGCCACGCUCAUCUUCUAUUCUUUCAUCUUCUCAAUGAACUCACAAUGCCUUCGACGGUAACGAACACUGAUCGCUCUUCUAGGGAAUUCAUCGGUGCCGUCCGGGACGAAUGGCAACUCUACAGUAAUAAUGCAUCAGACUAUACCAUCGGUCCACCCGUUGGAUUCGGCGCAUCCUCUGUGGUCUAUACUGCUGUAUUCCAACCACCUGGCGCACCUAAUUCCAUACCAUGUGCACUUAAGGUCCUCGAUCUCGACCGCCUUCCCCCUCACUCGCUGCGUCUCAUACAACGUGAAACGCAGCUAAUGUCACUUUCUAAGCAUCCGAACGUUCUUCGCGUUCGCGGAACAUGGACCGAGACCCACAAGCUUUAUAUCGCGCUGAGGCUUAUGCGUGCUGGUAGCGCUGCCGAUGUCAUGCGGUAUGGCUGGCCAGGAGGCAUGGAAGAAGAGGUCGUGAGAUGUAUUCUCAAGCAGGCAUUGGAAGGACUGAACUACCUUCACAUAAAUGGCCUCAUUCAUCGCGAUGUUAAAGCUGCCAACUUGCUCGUUGACGAUGACGGUACCGUUCUACUUGGUGACCUCGGGGUCGCCGCAUUUCUUUGGGAGAACGAAGAUCCCAUAAGUAUACCAACAACAACUCCGCCCUUUAACGCCAUCCACUCACAGAAACGUGUGGUCAAUUACCGUUCCACUGAAUCUACGUCUGUCGUUCCUCGUCAUUCGCACUCUCACCACGGACACCGACCUCGGAUGCUUGGUAAGAGGAAAUCAUUUGUUGGCACUCCGUGUUGGAUGGCGCCUGAAGUCAUCAACGGAAAGCAGUACGACGCAUCUGCCGAUAUAUGGUCGUUUGGCAUCACAGCGCUUGAGCUCACACAAGGCCGCGCCCCUCGUUCGCGAGAAUCACCUCACAGCGUGCUAUUGCAUAUCGUUCAGGACUCUCCACCGAAGUUAGAUCGCGAGGACGGACCAUACAAAUAUUCUCGCGCGUUCGCAGAUAUUGUUGACCAAUGUCUGAACAAGGAUCCCAGUAAGCGUCCCUCUGCCGAAGAUCUUCUCCAAAUGUCUUUCUUCAGAGGCGCCAAAAAGAAAGGCUACCUAGUCGGCACGAUCCUCAAAGACCUCCCUCCACUAACCCAACGUCAAGAACGUCGGAAACAACCAUCUAUAAUGACUCACGCGACCAUGGAGAGUUGGGACUUCAGUCAAAGUCCUACCACGUCCGUCGGUCACCAUGCCCACCGACCUGUCAACUUAGCCUCGGAAAGCGUUACUGAGCUAGAUGAUGAGGUGUCCCCGGAAGGUGAAGCGGACGCAGAAGUUAUGCGGAGAGACCAGGUGCCGAGUAAGGAUGGAGAGUGUGAAGAGGGUGCUGCGGCGUAUGCUCAACGAAUGAGAACGCGCCAAACCACCUCACAACACGCUCCCCGCCCUCACUGCGGGUCUGGUUCACACUUAAGCUCUGUUUCUUGGGUCGACGAUAAUGAGGAGUCUGGUAACGAGUCCCAAGUCGAGAGCUCUGUGUCUGAUUCGGAAGAUGGCGUGGCUGGCAAAUUAGAUGGCCCAGAGACACCCAGUUUUAAACAAGCAGAUAAUGUUGAUCCGGCGUUGAAAGGACCUCUCAAACUAGAAAGUAGUGGAGCGGUCGAAAUUGUCUCACCCUCCCUAACUCUUGCGCCGUCAUCCACUUCAGAGUCAGCAAGCAAGCCUCUUGACGUACCGAUAGCUCGUGCGCCUUCAAACCAUCUGGCUGCCUCUCCACCCUGUCCCUCAUCCAUUCUAGCCAUGUCGACAUCAAAUUCGCCCCUACCACCCUCAUCGUUCCCACCAAGGCGUCUGUGGCGAAAGCUUACCGGACGAUCAGUUGGUGAGGAUAAGGAAACAUUGCGGAGGAAGGCCAUGAAUGGGAUGUCGGGAUUGGUGCGUACUGUGAGUCGACAUAGGACGGUGUCCGUCUCGUCUUCGGCGUCUCGACUUGGGGAGCGGUAACGGAUUACCAACUCAUGACUGCGAGGAAUGGGCGGUGGUGAUAUGCAUUCCUGCCCUCCCGCACGACCACAUCUAUUUAUCAUCUUCUCAUUUCCAUCUUCGUCCACGUUUUCCCCGGACUCAACCUCUUCAUGAACUCUCAUCUGACACAAUCAAUGUUCUGCACAUACCACAUCCGGAUUUUCUUAGCUGCUUACUCCUCGUUCCUGCUGCAUCAUGCAAUCGUGCAAUCAUAUGUGUCAUGCAUUCAUGUCUCAUUCUAGUACUGUACUCUCACAACAUUACCCCUGCCAUCUGUAUUAGUAUGUACAUGUGCCACCCGCUCCUACUCUAAUCAACCUUCUUACCUCAUUCCGGGACAAUCUGUAUACAUUCCCCGUUCCUAUCUUUGUACCAUUCAUAUUCAAUUUGACCUCAUUGUCUUCCGAUAUUGAUUCGGUGU